AUGUCAUUUUCUCUUCGCCGGCCCAGUGCCUCUCACAAGCUCUUGUUUCGUGCUUAUUCAGUCAAACCCACCCCACCUAAAAGAUCUACUUCGUCUGGGAUUCUACCUCCCCCUAAACUGAAUUACGAAGGCCUAGUUCAUGCGGAUCAGGUCACCAAUGCGAAGGACAGAAAUGUAAACCUCCCGGAACGAACAUUUGAGGCUCUUCGUAGAGAUUUGGAAGCAUGGAAAACGACGACUAGGGCGGCGGAUAAUCUCAGAGCCAGGCAGUCACACAUCGGCAAUAGUGUAAGAUCAGCGGAAACACCCGAGGACAAGGAAAGUGCAGUUCGCAAGGCGCGCACUUUGAGGGACUCUGUCAAUGCACAUGAACGUGAAAUUCUACGACUUGAGAAAUCACUCCUUGCUCAUGGACUUCGUAUUCCCAACACUUCUCAUCCCAAUGUCCCACUCGGCCCCGAGCCCAAUGCACGAGUAAUAUCCACACAUGGCCCAGAAUUGAUCCCUAGUGAUCCUAAAAGGGACCACAACCAACUUAAUGAAAUCCAAGGAAUGAAAUUCUUCGAUCGAGACGCUGGCGUGAUAUCCUCUGGUGCUGGAUUCACUUACCUGAGGGGAGGCGGUGCCCUCCUGGAAUUAGCGCUCAUCACAUAUGCGAUGGGGGUUGCUGUACGAAAAGGUUUCGAACCUAUCAUUACGCCAGAUAUUGUCCGGCGAGAUGUGGCCGAUCGAUGUGGCUUUAUUCCACGAGACGAGGAAGUUAAAGGUGAUGAAGAAAGUGAAAUAAAGACCCCUGAACAAAUGUAUGGGGUGCAAUCCAAGCAUGAGAAUAGUGAGGCAGGCCUCGUGUUGGCCGGAACAUCAGAGAUUCCAUUGGCAGCUAUGCACGCUCAAGCGCUGUAUAAUCCUCAAACACUGCCUCGUCGAACGGUUGCGGUUGGCCACGCAUUUCGGGCAGAGGCAGGCGCUCGUGGCAAAGAUACUCGAGGGCUAUACCGAGUACAUCAAUUCACCAAGGUCGAGUUAUUUUCAGUCACUCCUGGCGAAGCAGUGAAGCGCAUUGAUGGUCAGACUAAAAUGGACAUCGACAAAGCCAGCGAUCAGGAGCUCGAGUAUCUUCGUGAAUUACAAAUCGAGUUAUACACGGGUUUAGGUAUUCCCUUCCGUGUUCUUGAUAUGCCAAGUGAAGAACUGGGAGCCCCUGCGCAUCGAAAGUACGAUAUUGAAGCUUGGAUGCCCGGUCGAGGCGCCUGGGGAGAAAUCUCUUCCGCCUCAAACUGCACAGACUACCAGUCUCGCCGACUCCACAUCCGUCAUAGAUAUGCUCACGACGAUACUUCAGCAACCGGACCACUCCCUUAUGCGCAUACCUUGAAUGGCACUGCCGCGGCUAUUCCGAGAUUGAUUAUUGCCUUGAUCGAGAAUGGAGUUAGAUUCAAGGACGAGGGUGAUUUGGAUUACCUCGUCCUACCCUUUGUAUUACGGAGGUACUGGGUUGGUGGCGAUAAGUUUGGGGAAAUCGAGAUUCGUUGGGAAUAG